AUGUCUUCUGAUAAAGUUCUUCACCCUGAAGUACUCUGGGCACAACGCGCCAACGAAAUUUAUUUGACAAUAAAUGUAACUGACUGUAAAGAGCCAAAGAUCAAUGUGACUAAAGAUAAGAUUUCUUUUGCAGGCAAAGCCGGUCCAGAGCAAAACUUGUAUGGAUUUGAAUUGGAGUUUUAUAAAGAGGUUAAGCCUGAGACUUCAAAACGUUCAACGACUGCACGCAACAUCUUUUUAGUUCUUGACAAAGCCGUACCAGAUCAAAGUUAUUGGCCACGUUUACAAAAAAAUAAAAGUAAAAUCUCAUUUCUCAAGACUGAUUUUUCCAAAUGGAAAGACGAAGAUGAUGUAGACGAAGAAGAGGGAGGUGGUUCAGAUCCUUUAGGAGGAAUGGAUUUUUCUAGUCUAAUGGGUGGAGAAGGCGCAGAUCCUGGAAUUGGGGACGACUCGGACGAUGAUGUUCCUGAUUUGGAAACUGUUAAUGAUUCUACUAGUAUUAAUAAUGAGACAAAAACUAACGAACAAGAAAUCACAAAACCUAGUGAAGAG